AUGGUACAGACAGGAUCGGUUGAGAAAGAGAGGCCCAAAUGUGGUUGUAAAGGAGUUCGCUUCUGUGCUGCAUGUAAAGAUACGCUGAGGGUGACGAAACUGACGCAAUGUAGAGAAUAUCCGUAUGCGGAAUAUAAGAAAUAUGUGUAUUCUACGCGUUAUCGUAUGGGAAUACACGAUAAUUCAUUAUCCGGUCGUCCAACAUUAGCUGAUAUCCAUGAUUCGGCUGGUAGAAUAAACGAAAGUGAAAAUAAAUCUGAGGAUUAUUUGGUUGUUCCUGGUCUGAAUGUUGUUACCGAUUUCCUUACCGAAAUUGAGGAGAUGGACCUCGUCGAUGUGAUUGAUAAGACCGAUUGGGCGCCUUCACAAUCUGGACGUCGAAAACAGGAUUACGGUCCACGCGUCAAUUUCAAACAUAAGAAAAUAAAAACGGAUCGUUUUUUUGGGAUGCCAGGUUACAUAGACAUAAUACUAAACAGAAUGAAUUCCAUUUCCUCAGAUUUAUUCGGUUCCUAUCAGCCGUUUGAAUUAUGUAAUUUGGAAUAUAGCGACGACAGGUGGUCAGCUAUUGAAAUGCACUACGAUGAUACAUGGAUUUGGGGGGAACGCUUGAUUUGCGUCAACCUUUUGAGCGAGUCGGUAUUGACAUAUUCAUCUGACGAGAAACAAUUAAUGAUUUAUGUCCCACUACCAAGAAGAACAAUGGUAUGUAUGUCUGAUGAGAUUCGCUAUUCAUGGAGGCAUGCCGUCUUUCCGGAACAUAUUCGCGGUCGAAGAAUAGCCUUGACCAUGAGAGAACCAAGUGCAGCUUUUAAGGAAGGUGGUGAAUUGUACGAAAAAUUCGGUCGAGAACUCACGCGUUUAGGAAAUCUUCGAGUAUAA